AUGGUGUUGCUGGACGCCUGCACAACAAAGUCAACUCAGUCCGAGGAGGACAUCAAGUUGGAACAAGAGCGGGGUGAGCGAAGGGGUCACAAGGCCAUCCUGAGUAAGGAGCGGCCCUGUGGUGAGCUAGCUGACCCCUUGGGACGCACAUCACUCCACUACGCAGCCCACGCCGGACACCUAGAUGCCUGCCGACUGCUUGUGCGACAUCCCCUUAGUCGGGCGGACCCUGGAACCAAGGACGGUGUGUACCAGUGGAACGCUGUUCACCAUUCUGCCUCACAG